UUUUUUUUUUCUUUUCCACACUCUCUGGUUCUCUUCUUCUGGAUGUAUCCCCAGCUUCCUCUCCUGAUCCCGUCAACCUAAUCCCGUGGUUGCCGGUGUUUCCCUCCCCGCUGGUCCCUUCUCUAUCUCCCCAUCGAAUCCUGGCACGUGGUUCACGGGGGGCGUAAACGUCAUCCAGUCGAUGUCUUUCCAAAUCUCUUCUAUACUACGUAUUAGAAUUUAACUAGACGCCCUGCUCUUGAUCUGGGUCUCUUUCUACAUCAUUUCCAUCCACCUUCUCCUCUAUCCUCUUCGUCUAUUCUCCGACUCUAUUAUCCGCAAAUACCGGACCUGCCCUCUCCACCACCACGUGCUUGACAGCGGUCCAUGGCAAAGCUGCCCCUGUUCAGGAAAGCUCCUGCGCGUCCGCAGGUCGGCCGGAGCAGAUCGAAGGUGCUUUGGCAUCGUAUCCUUCGUUCCUUCUGCUAUCUCAUCGCUUGGAUUUUCCUGAUCUUGGUCUGCAUUGGCAGUGUCGCCGAUAAGCCCGUUCUCCGACAGACCUACUUCCUUGAGAUCAACCUGGCGAAUAUCAUCCCAUUGUCCACCCCCAAUGCGGUCCUGAUUGAUACCAUUGCUCGCACCAUCGGUCUGCACGACUUUUACCAGGUGGGACUAUGGAAUUUUUGCGAAGGUUAUCAGGACCAGGGCAUCACCCACUGCUCUUCGCCCAAACCCCUCUACUGGUUCAAUCCUGUCGAGAUCAUCCUCAGUGAACUGCUAUCCGGCGCAACGAUUGCUCUUCCUGCCGACAUCACGUCAGCUCUGCACAUCGCCCGCAUAGCUUCACACUGGAUGUUUGGACUCUUUAUCACCGCUACCGUUCUAACCUUCAUUCUCAUCUUUCUAUCUCCACUUGCUGUCUCCUCACGGCCUCCUCAAGCCCUUUCCUCCGACCCAGUCGUCAAUCAAACCCACCCACAACAUCGCCGUCGCACCUUUGUGCUUCUCCGUUCUCUUCCGUUCCUCAUCCUAACCUUCUUGACCGCUCUCUUCACUGUUGUUGCCUCCGUCGUCGCAACCGUCAUGUUCAUCAUCUUCCGCAACGUCUUCACCUCCGCCAGCGAAGAGCUCAACAUCGACGCCUGGAUCGGCACGCGCAUGAUGGCUUUCAUGUGGGUCGCCUCCGCCUUCAACCUGAUUGCCUUUAUCCUCCAGCUUGGCUCCUGCUGUGCCUCUUGCUGUGGUGGCCGCAAAACCCGCAAGCAGCUCAAGCAUAAUAGUGCCGGCACUGCGAGCCCUAGCAGCACCGCUUCCCCUGAUGUGCGUGAGAAAGAGCAUCCACACAGCCCCGCAACUACGGAGUGAGCUGUUUUCUCCCUAUUCCGGACCACAUAUGCUCUCGCAGAUUGUGGUCCCUUUUCCUCCUCGCAUUCAAUACCCCGAGAUUCAUACCCCGAAUGAGGAAUUUCGCCUGUACGACGAUGAUAAAUAGAACAUAAAGGUGUGAGCAUCGCAGAGGCCCGCCAAUAUAUACUGAUCUGGAUAUGUAUACUGUACGUCUUUCUUGUUUGGUUUCCCGUUCUGGUUCGGGUUAUGCUGUAUAGACGCGAUGGAUAUAGAUCGGGGCAUAUUCAACUUAGACGGGAUUCGGUUUUGGGUCUGAGUUGAGCUUGUGGUUGCCUUGCUUCCUCUUUGAUACAUUGGGAAGGCGCUGCGCAUGCCAUUCAGCUUGCAUAGGUUACGAUUUUUACGACUCUGUUACGUUAUUACGAGCGUGCGUAUGCUAAAAAUUCAAUCCAGAGGAUAUAUAUUUGAGUUGAGAAC